CGCGGCGCAAGGUUUUUGAGAACGACUGUAUGAUCAGCGCAAUUGCAGCACGUAAGGCUGCACAGGCAAAAGUACCCGCUUUCCCUCAACAACCAGCUCCAGACCCUCGUGAUUCUAGAUCUUCCAGUCCUACACCUCCCAAACGAAAACGAAAGUCAGACGCUGCAAUCCCAAACCCGAAAAAGAAGAAAAAAUCAGAUUCAAGCAAGAAACCUCCUACGUCCGUUAAGAAAACGCGAUAUUUCCAUGAAAUAGAUCCAAUUGCUCGACAGGACGACAUUAUUUUGAUUGAGUCCGACCAGGAGGAAGAUGAUGGCAAGGAAGACUUAGUUGUCAGAACUUCAGCAAGAGGACGGGCGUGGUCUCCCAGUGCACCAGCGAUGGACAUUACAGACGAUGAACAGGAUCACGAAACGCUACUGCCAGGCCCAGAAGAACCGCAGGUCAUUUCCACCUAUCAUCCCGUUCUCAAUCAAAACCUUUUUUCACUCGACAAAGAGGAGACUACAUCCCUCGGCCUUCCCGCAGCAUCGAGCAGUAAAGCCGUCUUGGUUUCAUUAUCCGACGGAGAAACUAUCGCUCUUCUUGGUACAUACAACGUCUCCGUACUUCAAGGGUCAAUAUCUCUGUUAGGCGCAACGGUUUUACCUUGCCAACCGUGUCAGUAUCAUCCCGUGUUCGCUCCGCGGUCGUCACCGAUACCUGUUAUGAAGGCAAUGGCAAUAUCGUCUUCAAACGAUAACUCAGUUGUAGGAGGUGGAAAGGGUUUGAAGCAAUUUAGACAUGCUUUUCGUGAGGGAAACGUCGUAAUUUCAAUUCAAGAGCUUCGAACGAAUGUCGAAGGCCUUGGAAAGGUGUGCAGGCUAUUCGAUGGGGUCUUUCAACCUCCUCCCUCCUCACUGCCAUUUCCGAACCUGGGACUUCAUGGCCUUCAUUUGGUUGUUUCUGAGACGAAGGGGAUCCAUGCAUUCGUGCAACCUUCGGACUGGGACCCUGUCUUUACUCUCUGCGAGUUGGAACACGUUUUAUUAGUUAAAGGUGCAAAGAAAUCCGGGAAAAGCACUUUUGCGAGGACACUUGUAAAUCAUCUUCUAGGAAGGCAUAAGAAGGUAGCAUACUUGGAAUGUGACCUCGGUCAGUCCGAAUUCACUCCAGGCGGUAUGGUGGCGAUCAAUGUCAUCGAAAGACCUGUAUUCGGCCCCCCAUUCACUCAUCCUACAUUGCCAAACCAUGCGCACUAUUUAGGCACAUUGACACCCCGUUCUUCUCCCUCACACUACCUUUCUGCCAUCGAAUCUAUUGCUCAGACCUAUAAACUAGAUAUCAAAAUCCCAGUUGAUCAUCCUGACGAGAAGAUCCCGCUGGUCGUGAAUACUAUGGGAUGGACGAAGGGCCUGGGCGCAGAUCUAACAAAACGAAUCGAGGAGAUCAUCGAACCUGAUGCCGUCUUCGAGUUUGAGACCGAUGGAAAAGGGACUGACGGUGGCUGGCUGACGGAGAGGCCAAGACAAGACUCAACCCCGUUCACAGGUGCAAAAUACAAUGUGCACCCUCUGCGACCCAUUGAUAUGGGAACAAUUGAAACUGCGACCGCAUACUUUUCAGCAGCAGAUCAUCGUGUUAUAUCACUUCUCUCGUAUUUUCACGCCGUUUUUCCUACUUCCCCAUCGCCCCCGUCUCCUCCAUCUCUAUCGUCAUCCUUUUCAGAUUCGGUCUCAAUGACAAUGCUAUUGAAAGAUAGCCUCCGCCAAAUCACCGCCCACACGUGGUCGACGUCCCUUCCUCUCCUCGCUCAACCGCCUUACGAGGUUGACAUUCAAAAAGCAAUUGACAGGGUUCAUCUCGUAGGAGCAGGCUCCGAGGACGUGGUGAAAGAGGAAAUUGGUAGAGUGCUGAAUGGUGCCAUCGUCGGCCUAGUCAACUCUGAAUUCGGCAUCAGCAUCGGCUUCCCAAGUUCAACGUCCAGCUCCCAUUCGCAUUCUCAUUCUCAGGACAUUGCCAACGGUGCCACCGAUGUCAUUACCAUUCCAUACGUCCAAAACGCUCCACCACCGGAUCCCAACACGUCGCGAGCACAUGGAUUAGCACUGAUUCGCGGUGUUUCUGGUUCCCCUGAUGCGAAAGAAACGCAAACACGACUUCACGUGUUGACACCGCUCCCACCAGAGCUAUUGAGUACUGCGAGAAUUUGGGUGAAGGGCGAAAUGGAAUUACCCGUGUGGGGCCUGUUGGACCUUCCAAAUCGUGCCGGUGCCCCCGAGGAUCUCACAAAGCCAAAACCGUUUUUGCAAUGGGGCAAGGGCGAAGGUUUGGGGAGUGAAAGAAGGAGGGUCCGGAGGAAUUUGAUGAGGAAAAGUCAAGUAUAAUAACUCUUGUUCUUGGAAGCAAAGAGAGAACGGUUGCAAGUUCAACGUUCAACCUCCACCCUCUUGUUUUUCGGUAAACUCGGGCUGCUCAUACCUGUUUCCACGUCUGUCCCUGUGUGUCCUUAUGCAUACCACUCCUGCACCAUAGCAACACGACUUGAAGGGCCCUGUCCUUUUGUCUUGCCCACGUCGCCCCCGAUGUCCACAUCAUAUACCUAGUACGAGCCGUUCUGGUGUUCACACACAGUCUUCUCCCGCCCAAUACCAUUCGGAAGCCAGCCGGAAUCACAGGAAGUUAUGUUUAUCUUUUCCCUGUGGUCCUGGUAUCGUUCCUAUCAUCAUUCACCUGCAAUCGCAAUUUUCAGAACUCAUUAGUCCCAGCCACACCUUUCGCAAACCCGUAUUGUACAUGUUACGGACAGAGGUCCCUCAACUUCAGAGAGUUAUCGUCUUUUCUUCCGUCCCAUUCCCAAGAAUCACAUUGAUGAUUGGAGGAAUGAAGGGCGCGUCAGAAAGAAGUUCUACUGACGCGUCCUUCGGCUGCAGUUGCACUCCACCUGAGUCUGACGAUCGCAAAAACUCUCUAAGCGGUGUCACUUGGCUCGUACUUUGCGGUAUGAGUACUCGUAUCCUGUCUCAAUGUUUUCCGUCAU